AUGAAGCGUUCGACCGCCUCCCAAUUGGCCAGAUUCGUUCGGACCAAUAUUAGAGAAAUUACUGACACUCAGCAGUUACCAGUAUUAACACACGCCUUCGCAGUGAUGCUGAGCUCAGUGGAAGGUGCCAGAAAAGACGAAGAAGUGGUGAAAAUGCUGGCAGUCAUCUGCUCGACCGUUGAGAAAGUUUGGCUGUAUGAGUUGAACCUCAAUGAGCUGUCAGCUCUACUCACGACAUUGCAACAGUGCGAGGCCCCAGCUCAAGACCUCGCCCGAGCCGCCGCUCCUGAGCUCAUCAGGCUUCUUGAUGACGAUUCACAAGAGAUCACUGGUCUUAUCCUGGGGAGCAUCCCGCUUCCUCUGUUGAAGCUGUGUGGACGAGUUGACGGAAAAGUUAUUGCAGCGCUGGCUCGGCGACUAAGCCGAACGCCUUCAAGCCUGAGUCUAUCAGCUCGGUCGGUGAGCAACAUUCUAGCGGGUGCGUGUGGAGACCGCCACGUUGACUCGGAAACUUCUCGGGAAUUGCUAGAAGAUCUCGCUGGUCGAAUUGAUGUUGAACAGCCUUUCGCACCGAUCGAUAGCUUCAGCAUUCUCCGUUCUUGUGGGGCGCUGUUGAAGCCGGGGAAACCAGUGGCAGAACAAACCGCGAAGUUGAUCAGGGUUUGUUGCGAGCACAUUUCAUGCAACUACUCUGACUACGAGCCGCGAACGCUGGUAUUUUCAUUGCAUAUGUUGUCACUCUUCGAGCCUGACCAGCGUCUACUGCGGACUCUCCUUCCGGUCACUGAGAGGUUUCCGUUGAAUUUACAGACGAUGUUGUUGGGAAUCUGUGAACGCGGCAGAGACGUCGAGACAGCUAUAGAAAUCCUCGAGCGUAUAGCCAAGGUUGAUUGUUCGGAUUCUGGGGAGGCUGCAAGAGCCUUGAGGUCGAUCUCGCGGCUUCCUAAGGAGGUCGGCGAGCGUUUCUCGGAUCUGGCAAACGAUCUGGCGGAGUGCGCGCUGAAGGAUACGAAAUCGGUUUCGAGGAUAUUCGCGGUGUGUUUGGCGCUGGCGAAAAUGAGCCCUGAAAGAGAGAGUGUGUCUAAGCUUCUGUAUCGAGUUAUGCGAGCUGUUAUUACAGCGGGGGAAAACCUCGACUUGGUUGACGCAGCUACGGCCACUUCAAUAUUAGUGAGACUGACGACUUCAACGGUGAUAGAUGGAG